AUGCUCUUCCGGGUAAGUGUCCUGUGGCUGCCUCUCGCCAUGCUUUAUUUUGGACUCGUGCAAGCGCCUAAUCCCUUUCGAGAUCCGCAGACCGGUCGAUUCCAACGCGGAACUACGUCGCAAGUAGCUAGUACGGCAGCACAGGGAGCUGGCGACGCUUCCAACCGCUACUGGCCAGAAACUCAGGUGCCCACAGAGAUUAUGCGAGGGCUGGUCAAGGAGGACCACGGGAUCCUCUAUCAUGUCCCUUUCGUCGCGCUGCCCGGCAACAAGGACAUCAUGAUCAAAAAACUAGGCGAAGUGCUCAAGAAUCCAAACACCAAGGUCUCGCACCGGUUCCAUGAUGGCACGACGUACUUUCUCGUACCUGGUCGCCAUUAUGCGAACUCUGAGUUUCCUCGGUGGGAGACGUUCUUCGCAGGUCCACCCGCUGGGGUGAGCAGAGAACAGUCGCAGCUAUUCAUCAUUGGGAAAGUCUGGCCUGUUGUCGACUCGACCAAUCGAGUGUUCAACUUCAAGUACCAGGCUUUGGCGCUCCGGUCUACUGCCGACGCCAGCGGCAAGCAGCAGCUCAUCAACAGUUUUGGGACAACGCGGGCAAACCUGGUCCCUUUUCAGCAGCUGUUGAACACGAUGCGCAUUUGA